UCUAACCGUCCUUUGUGCCGGGCAACCGCCCUGGGAUGCAUCUGAGCUAGGAACCAGGUCCAGCAUGGGGGCCAUGACUGUCUGGGCCUCAGGCCUUCUGGUGCUCCAGAUGCUGUUCUUGGUGGAUGGGGAACAGGGCACACAGGACACCACUGCUGUUGCCACUGCUGCUGCUGAAAAGGGGCUCCACAUGCAGAAGGUGGGGUCUGGUUCUGUGAGAGCUGCACUGGCGGAGCUGGUGGCCCUGCCCUGUCUCUUCACCCUGAGGCCACGGCCAGGUGCAGCCGGAGAAGCCCCUCGGAUCAAGUGGACCAAGGUGCGCACUGCAUCAGGCCAAUGGCAGGACUUGCCUAUCCUGGUGGCCAAGAACAACGUGGUUCGAGUUGCCAAGGGCUGGCAGGGACGUGUAUCUCUGCCCGCCUAUCCCCAGCACCGGGCCAAUGGCACGCUGCUACUGGGGCCCCUGAGAGCCAGCGACUCCGGGCUCUACCGCUGCCAGGUGGUGAGGGGCAUCGAGGAUGAGCAGGACCUGGUAUUCCUGGAAGUGACCGGUGUUGUGUUCCACUACCGGGCAGCCCAGGAUCGCUAUGCACUAACCUUCGUCCAGGCCCAAGAGGCCUGUCGUCUCAGCUCAGCCACCAUUGCAGCCCCACGGCACCUGCAGGCUGCCUUUGAGGAUGGCUUUGACAACUGCGACGCUGGGUGGCUUUCUGAUGGCACUGUUCGGUAUCCUAUCACCCAGUCCCGUCCUGGUUGCUAUGGUGAUCGUAGCAGCCUUCCAGGGGUGAGGAGCUAUGGGCGGCGCGACCCAGGGGAACUCUACGAUGUGUAUUGCUUUGCUCGUGAGCUAGAGGGCGAAGUUUUCUACGUGGGCCCAGCCCGCCGGCUGACCCUGGCCGGCGCGCGUGCCCAGUGCCGCCGCCAGGGUGCCGCGCUGGCCUCGGUGGGGCAGCUGCACCUGGCCUGGCACGAGGGCCUGGACCAGUGCGACCCGGGCUGGCUGGCUGAUGGCAGCGUGCGUUACCCGAUUCAGACGCCGCGUCGGCGCUGCGGGGGCUCCACCCCGGGCGUGCGCACCGUGUACCGCUUCGCCAACCGCACUGGCUUCCCGGCACCUGGAGCGCGCUUCGACGCCUACUGCUUCCGUGCUCAUUACCCUACUUUACAACAUGGAGACCCAGAGACCCCCUCAUCUGGGGAUGAGGGGGAGAUUCUGUCGGCAGAAGGGCCCCCAGCCCAAGAACUGGAGCCCAGCUUGGGGGAAGGGGAGGUGGUCACCCCUGACUUCCAGGAGCCUCUGCUGUCCAGUGGGGAGGAAGAGGCUCUGAUCUUGGCAGAGAAGUGGGAGUCUCUGGAGACCCCCAGCCCUGCCCUUGAGGUUCCCACACUAAUCUCAAGGCCUUCCCUGGAAACUAAGGAGGUGUGGUUGAGCAGUGUGGUCCCCUUCUCCAGCAGCCUGGAAUCAAGCACUUCAGCUGGCAUGCACAGCAAGGUGACUCCAGCCAGCCCCACACCUGAGAGGAGGGGGCGCUUUAAAGGGCUGAAUGGACGCCACUUCCAACAACGGGAAUCCCUCCAAGGGCAGGAGGGGAGGCUUGAAGUCAGUGCCCAACCCCCCACACCAGAGCCUGCUGGGAAUCAUGUGGAGCCUCCUCUGGCUACCGGAGCCACAGACUCCUUAGGGAGUGGCAGGAGCCAAAGUCCCUGGGCUGUGCUGUCCAAUGAGGUGGAUGUGCCUGGAGCUGGUUCCCCUGGUAGCAGGAGCCCCACAGAGCCCUGGAUGUGGCCCCCAACAGUGGUCCCACGAAGCAUCCCAGGCCCCAUCAGAGCCCUUGGUCUUGAGCUGGAGAAAGCCAAGGGCCCCAGUGUGAGGCUGGCCAACCCCAAACUUUCCUGGUCCCCUUCAGAGGCCACUGCCCUAGCUCCCAGCCCUGCAGAGGAUCCCAGCAGUGCCUCCUGGGAGGCAUCCCCCAUGGUCACUUCCCUAGACCUCCCUGUCAUGGCCAUGCUUCGUGCUCCCAAAGUGUGGCUCCUACCACACCCUACACCCCACCUUACCCAGACCAAUGGGGUCAUGGGUCAUAGUGAGGCCAUGGUCGAUGCCCCACCCUCUCUGGCUUCAGAGACCCAGGCUGGUCUCCCGGACCCCAUCCAUCCAGAGGUAUAUUCCUUGCCCCCCUCCUUGGGCCUGACCGGACAAGGUAGAGAGGCCACUCCUAACUCCCCCAGGGCAGACUUUGGAGAAACUGGAGGGACCAGCCCCACUGAACUCAGCAAAGCUGAGCACCUCAGAUCCAGCCCACAGGCUUCUGUGGAUGGGAAUGUGGCAGUAGAUUUCACUUCCAUAGAGACAGCUACUGAGCCCAUGGGAGGGAGAGAAAUCUCAGGGUCUGAGCCUGGGGUCUUCAACACAGCAGAGAGCCCCACUCAAGGCUCACAGGCCACUUUGGAAGAGGCACAGGGCAUGUGGCCCUCACUGCACAUUGAAGAGCUGGACCCCCGGUCUCCCUCUGCAUCCUCGGGGGACCCUGGAGUCUCCCUGAGUUUGGAGCCUUGGGCUGCUACAGAUGAAGGAGGUACAGUGGGUCCCAUGGAUUCCACAGCCACAGUGGACCCCAGUGGUGCUGGUAGGAUUUGGGAAGUUGGAUCCCACAUGGUUGAAAGAGCUGAAAGCCCCACCGUGAGGCCUCAAGUGGCUGUGGAUAAAAAUGUGGUGACGUCCCUCAUGUCCCUGGACCAGGGGGACAAGGGUGGGGUCCUGGCCACGUCCAUAAUGUACUUCUCCAGCUCCCAAUCCCACCCAGAGCAGGAAGGCCAGAUGGUGACCCAGGGAACACUGGGAGCCUUAGCCCCUCCACAUGAGGGCAGCCCCCUGGGGGAUCCCACUCUUCCUCCUUGGACACCUACAGCAGCCAGCAUGGACAAGCCUGUGUCAGUGUCCUCAGGGAAGCCAACAGUGCCAUGGGACUCCCCCAGCACCCUGCUGUCUGCCCCUCGGGUCCUGGACAAGUUUGAGCUGGAGGUCCUUGCAGGGAGUACCAGUGUGGAGGAGACAGCAAGUGGAGAGGAGCCGGCCCUGCCAGGGGCCCCUGCAAAUGGGAGUGCAGAGCAGAUCCCCUCGGAUCCCUGCGAGAACAACCCUUGCCUGCAUGGGGGCACCUGUAGAGCCAAUGGCACCAUAUAUGGCUGUAGCUGUGACCAGGGUUUUGCUGGGGAGAACUGUGAGAUCGACAUCGACGACUGUGUCUCCAGCCCCUGUGAGAAUGGAGGUACCUGCAUCGAUGAAGUCAACACCUUCAUCUGCCUUUGCCUCCCAAGCUAUGGGGGCAGCCUCUGUGAGAAAGACACAGAGGGCUGUGACCGAGGCUGGCACAAGUUCCAGGGCCACUGCUACCGGUACUUUGCUCAUCGGCGGGUGUGGGAGGAUGCUGAGAGGGACUGCCGCCGCCGAGCUGGCCACCUGACCAGCGUCCACUCACCUGAGGAACACAGCUUCAUUAACAGCUUUGGACGUGAAAACACGUGGAUUGGCCUCAACGACAGGAUCGUGGAGAGGGAUUUCCAGUGGACUGACAACACAGGGCUGCAAUAUGAGAACUGGCGAGAGAACCAGCCAGACAAUUUCUUCGCGGGCGGGGAGGAUUGUGUGGUGAUGGUGGCACAUGAGAGUGGACGCUGGAACGACGUUCCCUGCAACUACAACCUUCCCUAUGUCUGUAAGAAGGGCACAGUGCUGUGUGGUCCCCCUCCAGUAGUGGAGAAAGCUUCGCUCAUUGGUGCCCGCAAGGCCAAGUAUAAUGUUCAUGCCACUAUACGCUACCAGUGUGACGAAGGAUUUGUCCAGCACCACAUGUCCAUCAUCCGGUGCCAGAGUAAUGGCAAGUGGGACCGGCCCCAAAUCAUCUGUACCAAACCCAGAAGGUCCCAUCGGAUGCGGCGACACCAUCACCACCACCAACACCACCACCAACAUCGCCAUCACAAAUCACGCAAGGAGCGCAGAAAACACAAGAAACACCCAGCGGAGGACUGGGAGAAGGAGGAAGGGAAUUUCUGCUGAAGAACCAGGCAAAAGAAAGCACAACACACUUCCCACACCUCCUUUGGAGUCUUCGCCUGGGGAGACAGAGUCCAGAG